GGGGGCGGAGCCAAGGUGGUGGUGGAGGGAAAAGCCUGGUUGAGACGAGGGAGAUGUCACCGACGGCCUUUAAAGGUCCUCGGGCUGGGCCCGGGAUGGCGCCGCGGCUGCAGCUAGAGAAGGCGGCCUGGCGCUGGACCGAGACGGUGCCGCCCGAGGCCGUCACGCAGGAGCACAUCGAGGCGGCCUAUCGCGUCGGCCUGGAGCCCUGUCAGCGCGGAGCCUGCAGGAGAAACUGCAGAGGAAACCCAAACUGCCUGGUGGGUAUCGGUGAGCACAUUUGGCUAGGGGAGAUAGACGAAAACACUUUUCAUAAAAUCGACGAUCCAAACUUUGAGAGGAGAAAAAAGAAUGCAUUCGUAGGCCUCACAAACCUGGGGGCCACCUGCUACGUCAACACUUUCCUACAAAUGUGGUUCUUGAAUUUGGAGCUCCGCCAGGCACUCUACUUGUGUCCAAUCACCCGCACUGAAUACGUGACCGCAGAGGGCACCCCGUCAGACAAAGAUUACGAGCCUCAGACCAUUUGUGAACACCUCCAGUACUUGUUUGCUUUGCUGCAGAACAGCAAGAGGCGUUACAUUGAUCCGUCAGGGUUUGUUAAAGCGCUGGGUUUGGACACAGGUCAGCAACAGGAUGCGCAGGAGUUUUCCAAGCUGUUCAUGUCACUGUUGGAGGAUACCCUGUCAUCACAGAAAAAUCCAGAUGUGCGAGAUAUCGUCCAGAAGCAGUUUUGCGGAGAAUACGCAUAUGUCACGGUUUGCAACCAGUGUGGCAGAGAGUCCAAACUUAUAUCAAAAUUUUAUGAGCUUGAGUUAAAUAUCCAAGGUCACAAGCAGCUGUCGGACUGCAUCACAGAGUUUUUGAAGGAGGAGAAGUUGGAAGGGGAUAACCGCUACUUCUGUGAGACCUGCCAGAGCAAGCAAAACGCUACCAGAAGGAUCCGGCUCCUCAGUCUUCCCUGCACCCUCAACCUGCAGCUCAUGCGCUUCGUGUUUGAUAGGCAAACAGGCCACAAGAAGAAGCUGAAUGCUUACAUUGAGUUCUCAGAAUUGCUGGACAUGGUGCCCUUCAUGGAAGACAAAGCCAACGUCUUUGUCUAUGAGCUCAGUGCAGUUCUUAUACACCGAGGCGUGAGCGCAUAUUCCGGCCACUACAUCGCUCAUGUGAAGGACCCGCAGACCGGAGAGUGGUACCGGUUUAACGAUGAAGAGAUAGAAAAGAUGGAGGGCAAAAAACUGCAGCUGGGGGCAGAGGAAGACCUAGAGCCUUCUAAAUCUCAGACUCGGAAGCCCAAGUGCGGGAAGGGGGUUUACCGCUCUCGAAAUGCCUACAUGUUGGUAUACAGGCUGCAGACGCGGGAGAAGUCGUUGAGCAUCAGAAUCCCAGCUUUCCUGCAGCAGCUUGUAGAGCGGGACAACAGCAAGUUUGAGGAGUGGUGCACUGAAAUGGCCGAGAUGCGCAAGCAAAGCGUGGCCAGGGGCAAGAUCAAGCAUGAAGAGGUGAAGGAGCUCUACCAGAAGUUGCCCACUAAAGCUGGCUGCCCCUAUGACUUCGUCUCUCUUGACUGGCUGCAGCAGUGGCUGGACGAAUCGACUCCUCCCAAGCCCAUUGACAACACGGCCUGCUUGUGUGCCCACGGCAAGUUGCACCCAGACAAGAUCCCGACCGUCAAGCGGGUCUCUGAGUACGUCGCCGACUACUUCUACAAGAGAUACGGAGGAGGCCCCAGGCUGACAUUCAAGGCGCUCUGCAGGGAGUGUGUAGUGGAGAGAUGCAGAGUCCUCCGGUUGAAGAACCAGCUCAAUGAGGACUACAAAACUGUCUCCAACUUGCUGAAAGUGACCAUCAAGGGGAACGAUGGGUUUUGGGUGGGGAAGUCGUCCGUGCGGAGUUGGCGCCAGCUGGCCCUGGAGCAGCUGGAUGAGCCAGAUGAAGAUGCAGACCAAAGCAAUGGCAGGAUGAACGGCGAUGCAAAGAACAAAGAGGAAUCCAGUGCAGAAAAGCGAGAGGAAGAAGACCUAAAGUUCAACGAGGACAUUGUUUGCCCACAUGGCAACUUGUGCAUUUCAGAGAAUGAGCGGAGAGUCGUCUCUGGAGAAACCUGGAAGAAACUGCAGCAGUAUUUCCCCAAUGCCCCAGAGUUCCCAAGCAGCAAAGACUCCUGUUCCCAGUGCAAGAUUCUGGAACGGGAAGGAGAAGAGAACGAAGCCCUCCACAAAAUGAUGGCCAGCGAGCAGAAGGCGCAUCUCCCAAACCUCUUCCAGGACAAGAGUCGGCCUUGCCUCAGCAGCUGGCCUGAGGAGCUGGAUGAGCUCUAUGUCGUCUCAAAGUUCUUUGUGGAGGAAUGGAGGAAGUUUGUGAGGCGGCCUACACGUUGCAGCCCCGUGUCCUCGAUAGGGAACCGGGAUCUCCUCUGUCCGCAUGGCGGCCUGAUGUUCACGUUUGCUUCCAUGACCAAAGACGACUCUAAACUUAUAGCUCUGAUAUGGCCCAGCGAAUGGGAGAAGAUCCAAAAGCUCUUUGUGGUGGAUCACGCCGUCAGAGUAAUUAGGAGGCGACCCUCAGAGGCGAAUCCUGAAACGCCGCUCUUCAUUACCGAACCUGAGCUGUGCUCAGACUGCAGAGAAGGGUUGUUGUGCCAGCAGCAGCGGGACCUGCGGGAGUACGCCCAGGCCACCAUCUAUGUGCGCAAAGUGGUUGACAACAAGAAGGUCAUGAAGGAUGCUGCCCCGGAACUGACCGUGAGCAGCUCAGAGGCAGAAGAGGAGAAGGAGGAGGCCAGGCUGGAAGGGGAGCAGGAUCCAGAUUUUAACCAGGCCAACAGCAAUGCAAAGCGGCAGAAAGUGUCGCACCCAAACUACGUUGUCUACCAAAAACAGGGGAUCCGACGGAGCGCGAGGCACAGGAAAGUCCGCGGAGAGAAAGCUCUCCUGGUGUCGGCAAACCAGACCCUGAAAGACCUGAAAAUCCAGAUCAUGCACGCCUUCUCGGUUGCACCGUUCGACCAGAACCUGUCCAUUGAUGGGGCGAUUCUCACCGAUGACUCGGCCACCCUCGGCAGCCUUGGGGUCACUCCGGAGUCGGUUGUUUUAUUAAGGGCUGAUGAACCAGUUGUGGACUAUGCAGCAAUAGACGAUGUUAUGCAAGUUUGUAUGCCCGAAGAAGGAUUUAAAGGCACUGGACUCCUCGGGCACUAACAUUUUCGACAACCGCCGGCAACAGAAGUAAGCAGGGCGGGGAGAUUUUAAAAAGCAUUUGAGAUCUGGAUGGGCAUUCCAGGAACGGUGGACCUAAAAGAGAAAAACUGCCACCCCCCCCGACCAUCCUGCCGCUCGACCCCUUCCUGAUGGUGGGACCUCAUUGUGAAGGGCUGCCCUCAGGCGUCUUGUGUUGUCACAGAUGACUCUGGCAGGACGGAGGGAUUCUCCUAAGGAGAGCUUCCAACCUGGCACAGCGAAGGGGCCGUUGUUGAGGAGCUUCAAGGAAUUGGCUGCCCCUCUUCAUUUUUCCCGCGGAGGAUGGAGGUCUCCUUGUUGUGCUGCUGGAUCUUGCUUGCCUUCCAUCCUGCAGCCUUCUUUCCUGGAUCUGCUGUCAGUGAGGCGGACAUUCAGCUCCCCAGCAGAGUUUUGGGAACUUGCCGGGUCUGCCUCUGGUAUCUCCAGCCCUCGUUUGCUCAUGCAGGUUUGAAAGGCCCAGUUUCUCUGACGCUUCGUAAAUCAGCCUGGACAAGCCCCUUCCAUCAGCUGUGCCUAAAAAGCCAGGGGGUGGGGAGAGGGUGGCACUUAUUCAUUCUGUUAUCCAGCAACAAAACCUCCCACCCUUUUUAAAAAGUGGCUUCACAUAUGAAUAUGGCCCCUGAUAAUUAUCAAUGCUGUUUAUUUUGAACAGCUUUCUGCAGUGGACAGAAAGGGGUGGAGGCAGCAGGGUUGGCUUGAUUGUGGCUGGAGAGAGGAGUUUCAGCUCUGUAAACUUUGUACCCGUUCACGCCUGUUGGAUUCUAGCGCCGAAGUGAGACUCUGUUGAGGGGGGGCAUUGGACGUCCUUCGCACGUGCCUGCUUCUUGCAGCUGUGGGGGGGCGUCUCUGCACGAAGGUGUCUUUUAGAACUUCGGGCACUUCUCCAAAAGGGCUCUUUAAAUCAUCAUCAUCAUCAUCCUGCUCAACCUCGACAGCAGGAGUGCGGAAAGCAACUUUAGCAUUUCAAAUGGGUGGGUUUGGAGGCGAGGGCAAGUUUAUUUUCUUUUUGUGACCAAGAGCUGUAAAUUUCUUGACUUGUCCUACUUAGGAUCUCAACUUGCUGUUCAAGAGAAGGUGGGGAGAGCCAGCAAGGGGUCUUGUCAGGUUUCGCGCAGAGGUUUGGCGUGCUGAGGUUACUUCCGUGUCUCCCUUUGCGGGGUUUUUGGGGGGAGGGGGCCUUGGAUCUGGUGAGUAGCCUGGGUCUUUUUUUAAGAGGUGAAAAGUGGAGCUGACCAAUUUUAUUCUUUCCCAAGGUAAAGAGUACAGUAAUAAUUGAGUACACCAUUGUUAGUGCUCUAUGAAGCAGUCUGUCUUUCUCUUCGUCUUAGUCUUCCAUUUUGAAACCAGGCCCGGAAGGAGGUUUUAAUUGAUCUAGAUGGAAGCAGCCAUGCAUGGACUUGUGUAGCCCUUGGGAAUUCUGAUGUUUUAUUUUCUGUUUGCUUUUUCCCCUUCUCCCCCCCCCGGGGGGGUUCAUUGUACUUCCUUGAUGGGGAAAAAGUGUCUUAAUUCACAAGGAAGGCUGAUCGCCCAUGAUGUCUAUGUGCAUAUCUACAGACUGACUGACACGUGACAUUGUACCAAACAGCCGUUCCUGACAGUUGCCGCUGAACAGAUGACACCGGCUCAAGCUGUGAUCACAGUGCUUGUCACCUUUUUUUUAUCUGCACUCGCAAAAUGUUUUUGGACUAGUUUUCAGAGCCUUAUUAAAAGCGUGUACCCGUGGUCAGUCCUUACCUUUAUUUGUACUGUAUUGCAUAAAAUGUGGGUUUUUUCAUUUA